UCGACAUGGACUUGGCAAUGGGAAAGAAUUCUUGGCGGCUUUUUCUUCUGGGCCUUAUCCUGGGGCUACUGCCUGGCAUGAGUCAGCAGGCGGCGUUGGUUGAAGCGGAUUACUAUACGGCCGGAGUGGUGGAAUUUCUCCCAACCAGUUUGACGGCGAACGUGAAGGCCUACGUGGAGAUUAUUCUCUCUGAGAAUGCCAGUGCCACGGACAUUAUUGUCUUUCCGGAGAGCACUCUGAAUGGCUCUGGAUCCAUGACAUUUGUGCCCAAUCCUGAGGAUGAAAUUUCACCCUGUCUGAAUGAUCCCAAUGCCACCCACUAUGAAGAAUUCCUGGUCACCAUAUCCUGUGCAGCACGCAAUGCCAGCAAGUAUGUGGUGAUCAAUCUCACUGAGAAACAAAAGUGCGAGGAUGUGCCAGAGGAUACAAGACCCUGUGCCUCCAAUGGCUUGAAUACCUACAACACCAAUGUGGCCUUUGAUCGCCAAGGUGUUGUGGUGUCCAGGUAUCGGAAGGUUCACCUGUACGGUGAGAACAAGAACAGCACUCACUUGCCAGAGUUGAGCACCUUCGAGACGGAUUUCGGGGUCACUUUUGGCCACUUUAUCUGCUUCGAUAUACUCUUCUAUACGCCGGCCCAUCAGCUCAUUGAGGAGCAGGGAAUCACGGACUUUAUCUACCCGGCCAUGUGGUUCUCCCAGCUGCCCUUCCUCACAGCUGUUCAAGUCCAAGAAGGCUGGGCUUACACGAACGAUGUUAACCUAUUGGCAGCCGGAGCCAGUCGUCCUUUGGUAGGCAAUAGUGGCUCUGGUAUCUAUCAUGGACGCAGCGGUGUUCUCACAAGUGUGAUGAAUCAGGGUUCGGGAGAGCGAGCCAUCUAUGUGGCCCAGGUGCCCAAGUACACAAAGAGGAGAUCCGUCCAGAAGCGAGCCAAGAGGGAAGCUACGAUGACCCCUCGUCGAGUGGCCACCAGUUCGAGUUACUUCAUGAAACGCGAUUACCUGGAGAACUACGAGACAGAGCUACUUGAUUUCGAUGAGGCAGGCACUGGAAAUGUCAGUAGGACUCUUUGCCAGGGUAACUUUUGCUGUCAUUUUGACUUAUCCUGGAGAUCCUUGGUGGCAGAGAGCGGUAGUUACUACAGCUAUCGUCUGGCAACCUAUGAUGGCUGGCGUAAUGAGCAGCAAGUAGACGCAAAUUACAUACGGAAUUGUGCAUUGUUUGCCUGCUCUGGUCCCACCAUCGAGGAUUGUGGUAAGUUGCUGACCACCGAAGGAGCAGAACAGCAACCCCGCGUAGCCUUUACCCGACUGGCGAUCGAGGUUACCUAUCCGGAAUCGAGGGAAUUCCUUCUUACCCCCAACACCCUGCUGAAUAAUCUGCUUCCCCUGGAACCCAGUCAGUUCGAGUGGUCGCAGAAGGACUCUGCAGACAGUUUCCAGCAUGAGGUUUGCUUUGCCUUGCGGGAAUCCCUGGAGUUGACCAACUUGCUGACCUUUGCCAUUUAUGGUAAUUACUACGACAACGAGUGCACCUUUGACGUAGGCGAUGAGGAGAAGCAACUGUCCUGUGGCUACAGGAACGGCUCCAGUCCGAGAGCGAUCCUUGGGGAUGGUUGUCAAUGCCCUUAGCUUUCCUGCUACUUGUUUGGGCCAGAAUAUGAUAGGACAUUCGAUAUUCAUAG